GACCCGGUCAAAUACCGUCAAACUUCACCGACACCGUUUCGUUUUCUACCGUCUCUCAACGAUGGAGCGGAAAGUUGCUCGGGAGUUUAGGCACAAGGUGGAGCUGCUGAUUGAAAAUGAAGCAGAGAAGGAUUACCUGUACGAUGUCCUCCGCAUGUAUCACCAGUCGAUGGACUUGCCAGUGCUGGUGGGGGACCUGAAGCUGGUAAUCAACGAACCGAAGCGCCUCGGCCUGUUUGACGCCAUCCGCCCUCUCAUCCCGCUCAAACACCAGGUGGAGUACGACCUGCUCACCCCCAAGAGGUCCCGGAAGCUGAAAGAGGUGCGUUUGGAUCGGACACAUCGGGAUGGUCUGGGUCUGAGCGUCCGAGGAGGGCUGGAGUUUGGCUGUGGUCUUUAUAUAUCACAGAUUGUCAAAGACGGACAGGCAGACAAUGUUGGCCUUCAGGUCGGUGAUGAGAUUGUGCGCAUCAACGGAUACUCCAUCUCCUCCUGUAUUCACGAGGAGGUCAUCAGUCUCAUCAAGACCAAGAAGAUUGUGUCACUCAAAGUUCGCCAUGUGGGCAUGAUCCCAGUGAAAAGCUCAUCAGAUGAACCCCUCAAGUGGCAGUUUGUUGACCAGUUUGUGUCUGAGUCGGGGGAGAAAAAGAGCAGCGUGGCAGGUUUGGCGUCCGUCGGAGGGAAAGAGAUUAAGGAGAAGAAGGUUUUCCUCAGUCUUGUGGGUACUAAGGGGAUGGGCAUCAGCAUCUCCAGCGGUCCAACCCAGAAACCUGGUAUCUACAUCAGUAAUGUCAAGCCGGGAUCCCUUUCUGCAGAAGUUGGGCUUGAGGUGGGAGACCAGAUUGUGGAGGUGAACGGAGUGGAUUUCACCAACUUGGACCACAAAGAGGCUGUGAGAGUCCUGAAGAGCAGCAGGAGUCUGACUAUCACAGUUCUGACAGGAGCUGGCAGCGAGCUGUUUAUGACAGACGAGGAGCGUCUGGCGGUGGAGGCCCGCAGGGAGCUGGAGCGGCAGGAGCUGAUGCACCAGAAGAGGGUGGCACUGGAGACCAACAAAAUCAUUAAAGAGCAGCAGGACAAGGAGAGACAGAGGAAGAUGGAGAUCUCUCAGAAAGCUGCAGAAGAAGAGGAGCGCUACAAGAAGGAGAUGGAAAAUAUCGAGGCUGUGGAGAAGAAACACAACAGAGAGUGGGAGGAGGACUGGGGAACCAAAGACAGGCCCAAAAGCCCCAAGAGUCCAAAGAGUCGAUCACCUGCUCCACCUGAGAGGAAAUCCACCCCGACUCCAAAAGCCAAGGGUUCUCUUUAUGAAGCCAACUCGUUCACGGAGGAAGACGAGGAUGAGGAGCAGUACGGAGAACGUUUGGCUGGUUUUAUCGAUAUGAGGGGAAACUGCCAUCAAUGCGCAAGAAAGGAGAAAAGAAGAAGAAAAAGAAGAAAACAUCCAACACAGACACGCUGCAGGAGCAGAGGAAAAGCAAGAAGGAGAUGGAGUUUGAGCUGAAACUCGCCAGAGAGAAAGAGGAGAUGUAUGAACGAGAGAAGCAGCUUAAGAUCAACCGGCUGGUUCAGGAGGUAUGAAAAGAGGAGGGAUCAAAGAGCAAACACUACAUUCAAGUGGAUGUCAUGUAAUAUUCAUAUAUGUGUUGCAGUUUUUUCCAGUGCAGCCCUGUUGUGUGCUUUGGUUGCUUGAUAGCUGAGCAGGAAUGAACCGCUGACUCUUGUUGUCUGAUGCUGCUCGGCUCUACCUCUGCACCAGGUCUCAGAGACGGAGAGGGAAGAUCUAGAGGAAUCAGAGAAAGUGCAACACUGGGUUGAACGCCUUUGUCAGACUCGGUUGGAGCAGAUUUCUUGUGUGGAGAACGAAUCCCCAGAGGUACAGAUUGAGACCUCCUCUGUCUGAACCUCUCCAGCAGUUGUUGUUCCAGAUAAUAUUUCACUGUCAUAAGUCAUUUUUUUUUACCAUUGCAAGGAAGAAAACAGAGCUCUAAAGGCAUAAUAAUAAUAAUACAGGUCUACAAUAAUGUUCAAAAAAGGUAGAUAACUAUGAGCUAGUCCCCCAGCACAAAGCUUAGGUGGUUAUUUGUCUGUGUAAUACAUAUUUAUGCUUAGAAUUGAUGGGACUGUUUGAUAUUCAGUCGUGCACUUGAGUUCAUCCAUUUGCAUGAAGCAAAGGGCAAGCAGGUUGUAUAAAAGUGGAAAUUGCACCAUGAUUUUAGGCGUGUUGUCGCUCAUUUGACUUUUAGAUUUCGUGAUUUGUCUCAAAAAAAAAACCUGUUAAACCAGGGGUGUCAAACAUGGGCCCGCAGACAUUAACUGCAGAUUGUAAAUUAGUAAAACUAUAAAUUUAAAAUAAUUUCUAGAUCAUGACAAGUUGAUUUGAUGAUAAAGUAAAAUAAUUAGAUUGCUCAUUGUUCUUUUGUCAUUUUGUAUCUCCUUUUG